UUCUAUGUUCUGGUAUGAGUUCUGGUGUUGAGGUUCCAGUCUGGCAUCCCCAUAUUUACAGUGCCCGACCCUCACAACCAACUCCUUUCUACAUCAGAGACAUACUAGCCCUUAAAGAACACGACCAGCCAUUAAAUCUCUCCAAGUCAAAACCAGAUUCUGGACGAAAAAGAAAAGAUAAAGAGGGGAAAGAAGAGAGAAGGGAGAGAGAAGAUGAGGAGAGGAAGAAAAUUAGAACAACAUUUACUGGGAAGCAAAUAUUUGAAUUGGAACAAACUUUUGAGACGAAGAAAUAUUUGUCAUCUUCUGAACGAUCAGAGAUGGCAGCACAGCUUAAUGUCACACAACAGCAAGUAAAGAUUUGGUUUCAAAACCGACGCACUAAAUGGAAAAAGAUUGAGAAUAUAACAAAUGCUGAAGCAGCAUUUAUCAUGAAGAACAAAAACUACAAACCCUCCAAACUUAAGGUUGAAAGCUUCCAUGAUUCUGAUUACCGAGGAUAUGACCCAAGAAUAGGAUUACCAAGCACUGGUGAAACCACAUGCCCUACUUAUCCGGAGGAAGACAUGCAUCUUAUACAAACAUCUUCCAACCAUUCCAGGGAGACGUUUGAAGAAUCAGGAGGUUCAGCUGAGUUUCGGGGGUCUUUUGACUCUGUAGAUUCCAGCCAUUUCCAGCAGAGCUUUGACGACGAGAUGGAAGAGAAGGUUCUAGUUAUAGAUCAAGAAAAACAUGAAAUCUAAAUGCCAUUCUGAGUGCACACAGUCAGGAACUUAUGAUUUGAAGGCACAAGAUAAAAUAAUUUCUAAAUAUCCUCAGUACAAUCGUUGCACUAUCCAAACCAGUACAAGGAUUUACCAGACUAGUGCAAAUCAUACUGCUUACACAUUUACUGGUACCAGCCUGUCUAGUGUACCCAGUCUGUAUUUGACCCAGCGUGUUGCAUGCACCUAAUGUAUAUAUUUGAAAUCUGGAGUUACGCGAAUUGCGUUGUAUUUGAGCUACGGAAUCAAAAUAAUAUGCGUUUUGGCAACUUACGCAAUGUGGAUGGCAAUGAGUAAGCUGGUAAAAUCAAUAUGUUCUGUCAUUGGUUAAAAUUUUAGUUUUAAACUAAUGAGAGGUCGGAAAAAUUUUAAAUCUGGCCAAUCAGAAGCUAGUUGUUGAAAUUAAUCCUUCCUACUGAACUCCACCUAAUUUUAAAGUUCCUGACUGUCGACUGAGCAUUUAGGGGCAUUUUAAAAGGUUGUGUACUGAAGUUUAGGACACAGUACAGAAGACUGUAAAAAUAACAUGUUUUGAUUCAACAGUUGUGCUAAAAUGGUCUUAAUAAUAAGGAAAAUUUGACAAGGAGUCAGAAGACUGUAUAAUUUAAUGUUUCUAAAUUGCAGAUUAUGCUUCACAUUUGUUUUGCACAAAAUACGUAAAAAAACUUUUUUACCAUGCACAGUAAUUAAUGAAGAUCGUGCACAGGAUUUGUAAUGGGGAGGAGGUUUCGCCCCCCCCCCUCAUAUGUGCUCGCUCUUCAAGUCAGCUAUUCCAUCCUGAAUGUUUAUGUACACUAUACAGCUAGUCUAAAACUAUGUACCGUUCUGUAUUAAAUACAAAUCCGAAGAAGAAGGAACCAGGAAUUACAUAAAAAAAUCUUUUUGUAAAAUUUUUUUACGGAACAAAAUUUAGUUUUAUUAAAUUUAGUUGGAAUUUAUUUUCGUUCCUCUGUUCAUCUUCACAUAUAGCUUUUAAUGUUUAAUUCAGUACUGAAGUCAGAAUUUUUGUGUUUUGAAUCUUGGGAUGAAGCUUAGAUCUCCAUCUUUUGAAUUAAUUUGAUUCCUCUUUGAUAUCUAGUGAUGUGAUCAUUAAUAUAAUCUAACUGAGGGAUCAAGCAUUCAUCCUUAAAUUCAAAAGUACUCACGUUGAAAAUCUUGAUCAUAUGUUUAAAAAUUUCUGACCUUUGAACAUAAUUGUUUUACUGUUUACUGUUUACUGUUUACU